AUGGUCCGAUCCUCAGAGAGCCUGCAGUCUACACUGGAAGAUGAGAAGAACAUUUAUGAACAACACAGGGACAUCAAGAAAAAAGAUCCUGGAAAGUCGCCCAAAAAAGACAAAGACCCAGUGAACAAAUCUGGGGGCAAGGCCAAAAAGAAAUGGUCCAAAGGCAAAGUUCGGGACAAGCUCAAUGACCUGGUCUUGUUUGACAAAGUGACAUAUGACAAACUCCGUAAGGAAGUUCCCAACUCUAAGCUUAUAAGCCCAGCUGCUGCCUCUGAGAGGCUAAAGAUUCGGGGUUCCCUGGCCAGGGCAGCCCUUGAGGAGCUCCUUGGUAAAGGAUUUAUUGAACUGGCUUCAAAGCACAGAGCUCAAAUCAUUUACCCCAGAAACACCCAAGAGGGGAGCUGCCCCAGCUGCUGA